CGAUGGAAGCGUGAAUUUGAAACAACGGAAUCAACCCUUAGCUUCCUUAAAAUUUUAACAACACCGAGCUUUGGAAUGCAAAUACCUUUAAUUAAAUAUUUCUAUUCAGUUGUUUUACAGUAGGUGUCUUCGGUUUAUUACUUAAGUGCGCCAUAAAGUGUUUCAAAUUCCUUCGGUGAAAGUUUGGUUCUGGCUUUAAUAUGUCGAAUAUUAAAGCUAUUCGUGGAAUUCUUUAUUGGAAAAAAUUAGCAUACUUUAUUGUUUGUUUGUGUUCCUCGAUUGUAAGCUCAAAUCCGGAUGCAAAAAGACUUUAUGACGAUCUUAUGAGCAGUUAUAACAGACUUAUUCGCCCGGUAGUAAACAACAGCGACACGCUUACUGUCAAGCUAGGACUGAAACUCUCUCAACUGAUUGAUGUGAAUUUACGAAAUCAAAUUAUGACGACAAACGUAUGGGUUAAUCAGGAAUGGUUUGAUCACAAAUUGAAAUGGGAUCCAGAUGAAUAUGGCGGUGUUCAACAUUUAUACGUACCUGCUGAGCAGAUUUGGUUACCUGACAUUGUGCUUUAUAAUAAUGCGGACGGCAACUACGAAGUGACCAUCAUGACGAAAGCCAUCAUUCACAGCACAGGACGUGUCGUGUGGAAUCCCCCAGCCAUUUACAAGAGCUCUUGCCAAAUAGACGUCCUCUACUUUCCUUUCGACAGGCAAAGCUGUCUCAUGAAGUUCGGAUCUUGGACAUAUGAUGGAUAUCAUGUGGACUUAAAACACCUUCAUGAGAUAGCCAAUUCCUCCCAAGUACCACAAGGGGUCGACCUUAGUGAAUUUUACCUAAGCGUCGAAUGGGACAUUAUGGCUGCCCCUGCCACCAGAAACGAGAAGUAUUACUCCUGCUGCAUGGAACCUUACCCAGACAUCACCUUCAACAUGACUCUUCGUCGCAAACCCCUCUUCUAUACUGUCAAUCUCAUCAUUCCUUGUGUCGGUAUCUCUGGCCUAUCUGUCGUAGUCUUCUACCUUCCUUCCGAGAGUGGCGAGAAAGUCAGCUUGUCUAUCUCUAUCUUGCUGUCUCUGACGUUCUUCUUUCUGGUCUUGGCCGAGAUAGUUCCAUCAACGUCUCUGGCCAUGCCUUUGCUCGGAAAGUAUCUCCUCUUCACCAUGAUUCUAGUCACAUUAAGUGUGGUCUUUGCAGUGGCUGUCCUGAACGUACAUUUCAGAUCACCGUCUUUUCAUAAGAUGCCAAAAUGGGUACGUCAUCUGUUUAUUUACAUCUUGCCAAAAGUUUUGUUGAUGAAGUCACCCCAAUACACGGAUCAUUAUACUCAAAGGAAUAAUAUGAAAAAGAAAAAAGAACAAUCUUCCAAGAAAAACAAAUCUAAGCUUCCAGAGUCUUCCUUAGAUUUUAAAGUUGCAAGAAUGAUUCGAGAAUCUUCAUCUUCGCUUCUUGAUUUAAGGUCUGAUAAAUCUACACCUGAUGAACAAGGAAUUAUUAUCAGGGAAUUGGAUUCCAGUCCGGUGUCUGCAGAGAGAAGACGAUAUCCACGCCAGAUUCUCCGAUCCAUUCAUAAUGCAAUGUUUAUUGCCCAACAUAUUGACAACCAAGACGACUUUGAUACGGUGAAGGAUGAAUGGAAGUAUGUUGCUAUGGUUCUCGAUCGUCUCUUCUUAUGGAUGUUUACGGGAGCUUGCGUUAUCGGUACAGCAGGCAUUUUUCUACAAGCUCCUCUGAUCUACGACACUGAUCUACCAAUAGACGUCAUCAGCUCCAAAGUGGGUCAUGUUCUGGACGUGUAGCACAUAGUCUGCGAGAGGAAUCAAAAUCAUGAUGUGUUUCGUGUGUUAAGAGCCAAGAUAAAAUAUGAUGGCUGUCAGCAUUUAAUUAUCCUCCUCAUAUGUCAACUGAUGAAAAUGUGAUGAAUUAUCAUCCUUAGGAGAAAGACUAGAUAAUGAUUUUAGUUUGAACAUGGUAUUAGGUUGACAAGAAGCUAGAUUUUAUGAGUUUUUAUUUAUUUUUAUCCAGGAGAGAUUUUUGUUAAGUUUUAUGUAUGAAAAUAUUACUUGUGAGGUUAAAAUUGUUGCUGUCUCCUAAUGUUGAAGCAUACAUUCUCUAAGAAAUAUGAUAAAA